GUUAAUUCAUAGUUAACACAUAGUUAAUACAUAAUUAAUACUACAAUUGAGUAACAAUGGGAUUAUCAAUUUCUAAGUUAUUGUCGGGCCUAUUCGGUCGUAAAGAAAUGAGAAUCUUAAUGGUAGGAUUAGAUGCUGCCGGGAAAACGACUAUCUUGUAUAAAUUAAAAUUAGGAGAGAUUGUCACUACUAUUCCUACCAUUGGAUUUAAUGUAGAAACAGUAGAAUAUAAGAAUAUCAGUUUUACCGUAUGGGAUGUGGGUGGACAAGAUAAAAUCAGACCGUUAUGGAGAUACUACUUUCAAAAUACUCAAGGGAUUAUAUUUGUAGUUGAUUCAAAUGAUAGAGAUAGAAUCAGUGAAGCCAGAGAAGAAUUACAACAAAUGUUGAAUGAAGAUGAAUUAAGAGAUGCAUUAUUAUUGGUAUUUGCCAAUAAGCAAGAUUUACCCAAUGCUAUGAAUGCUGCUGAAAUUACUGAAAAGUUGGGAUUACAUUCUAUCAGACAAAGACCAUGGUAUAUUCAAGCUACUUGUGCUACUACUGGUGAUGGGUUAUAUGAAGGAUUGGAAUGGUUAUCUACUAACUUGAAGAAGCAAUAAAUAAUGAAAUAGUAUUAGUACUACUAGGACUACUUCUGUACUAGCUAGCCCAGUACAAUCCUAGUACCAGUUUUACUGAAAUCCUAUACUAUGUUACACUACCCAUUGUUUCAUCCUAACUAAUUUAUUACUACUAUUAUUACUAUUAUUACUAUUAUUAUUUACUAUUACUAUUCUAUCCCGUUCUCUUAGUCUAGAUAAAAGGAGUUUACUCCAUAUUUCAUAUUUCAUUAUUUCAUUCAAUUUUCAUUAUUUCAAUUAUUUCAAUUAUUUCAAUUAU